CCUAAACCUAAAUACCCGUACUUUCCCCCAGCUGCCCAACUUACAAUUUCCUCAUCCUUGGUUAGUCGCCAAGGAGCCUCAAUUCCUGACACAUAUUUGUAUUAGUAUUUGUUUCACUAAUGCAGUUCACACAGCGCGCGCAGUCAGAUCCAGCCUGUUUCAGUCCGCCGUAUUUCUUGGCCCACGUAUCUUAAUAAUAUCGGUAAUGAGUCGAUAGCAUUCCUAUUGGUUGUUGGUUGAUAGGGCUAGAGAAGUCGAAAGAGGGCAUUCAUAACAUUCACCAACUCCCUCCAUGUUGGUUGAAAAUGUUCAAUGGCAGGUCCUUCACCAACCUCACGACGCCAUAAUGGCCCUCUUUCGACGGAAGACGCGCGUCUUCGCUUCAUUGUUUCUAGUACUCGUAUUAUAUCUUUUAGUCGGACUUAUCCCCGAGCACCGCGAUACCCUCUUCGGCUUUACCUUCGUUAGGACGAGUUACAACUGGUCUCAGCAGCAAUUGAAAUAUCCUAUAUCGGAAUAUGUGCCUCUACCCACCGGUAAGCCUCUUGCGCUUCCCAAAGUCCAACAUGCGUUCACCACCGAUACGAGCCCCGAAGGUGUUGCGAGGGAGGAGGUCCUAGCGAGCCGGCGUGCAGAAGUUAAAGCCGCGUUUGUAAAGAGUUGGACUAGCUACAAGAAUGCUGGUUUUGGUUAUGACGAACUUAUGCCGGUAUCAGGGAAAGGGAGGGAUGCGCCUGGUUUUGGAGGUUGGGGAGCUACGCUUGUCGAUUCUCUUUCGACACUCUGGAUUAUGGGCCUUAAAGACGAAUUUUACGAAGCGGCCGCCGCAGCUGUGACCAUCAAUUGGUCCAAUACGAGGGAUACUUCUUGCAAUUUUUUCGAGACUACCAUUCGACACCUUGGAGGGCUCCUGGGCGCGUAUGAUUUGAGCUUGGAGACGGCAUUACUCGAGAAAGCCGUCGAGCUUGGCGACAUGCUCUAUAUGGCAUACGACACGCCUAACCAUAUGCCGCCGUUCUGGUUGGACUUCGAUGAUGCGAAAGAUGGUAAGCAAGAGGCCGGAUAUCAUGACCCGUCUGCUUCCGUCACAUCGUCGUCGCUCGAAUUUACUAGGCUAGCACAGCUUACGGGAAACAACAAAUAUUAUGACGCUAUAAACAGAGUGACAAUGGUCCUGGACGAAUGGCAGAACAAAACAGUCCUACCCGGCAUGUGGCCAACAUUCCUUGACUUUAAACAGUUACAGCUAGACAAUGACAACAGCUUUACGCUUGGUGCGCUAGCGGAUAGUCUUUACGAAUACUUACCGAAAACGUUUGCCAUACUUGGCGGUCUUGAGCCAGUGUACGAAAAGCUUUACCGCGGAGCGAUGGAUACUGUCAUAAAGAAUUUACUGUUUCGGCCGAAGACGCCGGAUCAGGACGAUAUACUUUUCACUGGAAAUGUGUACGUAUCUGAUGAUACGGGACCUCACCUAACCGCCGAGGGACAGCACCUCGCGUGCUUCGUCGGCGGAAUGUUUGGGCUCGGAAGCAAGCUUUUCAACAUCCCGGAACAUCUCGAAAUCGGCGAGAAGAUCACCCGAGGCUGCGUGUGGGCAUACGAUGCAAUGCCUACCGGGAUUAUGCCCGAAAUCUUCAACUUACUCAAAUGUGAAACGCUGGAUCCGUGUGAAUGGGACGAGUCAGAAUGGGAAGAUCAAUCGAAUACACAGUUAAAGAAGGGGUUCACAAGUGCACGUGACCCGCGGUAUCUUCUACGGCCAGAAGCAAUCGAGAGCGUAUUUCUAAUGUAUCGCAUGACCGGCAACCCCGAGUACCAGGAGAUGGCGUGGAGGAUGUUCCAGGCGAUUCGGAAAGCAACCGAGACUGAUCUGGCCUUUUCGGCGAUUCAAUCCGUUAGAGAUGUCGUCACAGUCAAGACAGACUCUAUGGAGAGUUUCUGGAUGGCCGAAACACUCAGGUACUUUUACUUGAUAUUCUCCUCGCCGGAUCUUAUUAGUUUAGACGAAUUUGUCUUAAACACGGAAGCACAUCCCCUGAGACGACCUAGAUGAGACGCGCAAGGCUCGUUUUAUCUUUAAGUUAGCAGCCGCUGUUACGCAUAGGUAGCCGAUAUUCAGCUUACCCCGGAUGCAUUGUCUCCGCAAACCGACUUAAAGUGCGGUCCAUACCCCUUGCCAUUUGUGUGAAUGUAGUUGGUGGAAUAACUUACCGUUAUGAGGUGUUGUGAAACGGUCUCAAAGGGAGACACAUUUUCGAAGGUUACGUUCAUAUAUGUCAAGGUGGCAUAUGAUUGAUGAUCGAAGGCCAUGUAUAUCGGGCGAUGGGGCGUACAUAUGGAUAGACAUAAUGCUACGAUAGACUUAAUGAUAAUAAUACCCAACGAA